GGUCCAAUUAGAAAAUCACAUGCCCACGAUCUGGAAUAACCUAACCUUACUCCCGCUUGUAUUUCUACCACUCUCUGACUCUUUCUAUCCCUCAUCUCUCAGCCAGACUGUUCGUACGACUCUCUCCGUUUCCGAUCUCAUCUUCCCCUUAGGUCCGGCGCAGUCUACACCUCUCCGUUCGUCUAAUAUCCAGGAGUAGUAGAAUAUGGGAGAUAACAAGGAAAGUGAAGCUUACGAGGAGGAGCUUUUGGACUACGAAGAGGAGGACGAAAAAGCCCCCGAUUCCGUCGGAGUUAAAGUCAACGGCGAGUCCGUUAAGAAGGGUUAUGCUGGAAUUCACAGUUCCGGGUUCAGAGACUUUCUUCUCAAGCCUGAGCUGCUGCGGGCUAUUGUGGAUUCAGGGUUUGAGCAUCCAUCUGAAGUGCAACAUGAAUGUAUUCCACAAGCUAUUUUGGGUAUGGAUGUGAUCUGCCAAGCAAAAUCUGGAAUGGGAAAAACUGCUGUUUUUGUCCUCUCAACUAUGCAACAGAUUGAACCAGUUGCUGGUCAAGUUGCUGCCCUUGUUCUUUGUCAUACAAGGGAGUUGGCAUAUCAGAUCUGUCAUGAGUUUGAGAGGUUCAGCACAUAUUUGCCAGAUAUUAAGGUGGCUGUAUUCUAUGGAGGUGUCAAUAUCAAAGUCCACAAGGAUCUUCUGAAGAAUGAAUGCCCUCACAUAGUAGUUGGAACUCCUGGAAGAAUACUUGCAUUAGCAAGAGACAAAGAUCUUUCUUUGAGAAAUGUGAGACACUUCAUACUGGACGAAUGUGACAAGAUGCUUGACUCACUUGACAUGAGGAGAGAUGUCCAGGAAAUUUUCAAAAUGACUCCUCACGACAAGCAGGUUAUGAUGUUCUCAGCAACUCUAAGCAAGGAGAUCCGCCCAGUUUGCAAAAAGUUUAUGCAAGAUCCUAUGGAAAUUUAUGUAGAUGAUGAGGCCAAAUUGACUCUUCAUGGACUAGUACAGCACUACAUCAAAUUGACUGAAAUGGAGAAGAACCGGAAACUGAAUGACCUGCUGGAUGCGCUGGACUUCAAUCAAGUUGUUAUCUUCGUAAAAAGUGUGAGCCGGUCUGCUGAGCUAAACAAGUUGCUUGUGGAAUGCAACUUCCCAUCCAUUUGCAUCCACUCUGGCAUGUCACAGGAAGAUAGAUUAACACGUUACAAGCUUUUCAAGGAGGGCCACAAGCGAAUUCUUGUAGCCACGGAUUUGGUGGGUAGGGGCAUUGAUAUUGAACGAGUUAACAUUGUCAUCAACUAUGACAUGCCCGAUUCUGCAGACACUUAUCUUCACAGGGUUGGUAGAGCCGGUAGGUUUGGCACUAAAGGUCUUGCCAUCACUUUUGUUUCAUCUUCAUCGGAUUCAGAUGUGCUCAAUCAGGUUCAGGAAAGGUUUGAAGUUGAUAUUAAAGAGCUUCCUGAGCAGAUCGACACUUCAACAUAUAUGCCAUCUUAAAGACUAGAGUGCUUUCCUGGAUGUGAUAUUUGAUGACAGGGUAGUCAACUGUUGUAACAAUUGGUGCAGGCAAGCCUGUUUCCAUCAAUGCUGUCAAAUGUUUUGGACGAUUUAUUAAGAUGUAUUGGGUGAUUACUUCCCAUAGUUUAUAGAUUAUAUUCAUCACCAGUUUUUCUCUACAUUAUGAGACAUUAGGUGUUGAGACUUGUUAAUUAAUGUGUUGUCUUUCUUUGCUUAAUCUUUUUGACGUCUGAGAAUCUUGCUGGUAGUAUUCAUGUGGCAUAGUUUUUUCAUCACUCUAAAUUUCUUGUCUAGAUUUGGUUUAAUUGCACUUGUGCUAUUCUGCUAUUUCAUAUUCGUAUUAUGUUGUGUACUGUUAUAGAAACAUUUAUUUGUCUACAAUCCUGCUGUGAAGUUAGAAUUUGAU